AUGCGGAGCGAUGACCUGGCGCAUUUGCUCACGCUGGAUCUGACGCAUGUCCAGUACAGUGCGCGGGAUCCGUGGGGUGCGUACUGGGCGCUCGUGACGCUGUCGCCGGUGCUGAUUCUGGCGGUGUACGUGGCCGCCUUUCUGCACCGCCGCGAUCUGAUCUUUGUGCGUGUGCUGCUGGGCCACAUUGGCUGUGAGGCGCUGAAUGGGCGGCUGAAGCGCGAGAUUCAGGAGCCACGGCCUACGAGUGUGCUAGGCAUGGGCUACGGCAUGCCGUCGUCUCACGCGCAAUUCAGUGGGUUCUUCUGUGCGUUUUGGUGCUGGCACAUCGUGGCGCAUUGGCCGAGGCGUGAUCCGAGCCUCGUGCGUGGCGUGUGGCUGCGUCGGGCCGAGCAGGGUGCGUCGCUCCUGCUGGUGCUGGCGUGCACGGCAUUGACGUGCUACUCGCGUGUCCACCUGAUGUACCAUACGGCGGACCAGGUCAAGGUCGGCGUCGCGCUGGGCGGGGCGAUGGGUCUGGUGUACUAUGCGCUCACGGAAUGGCCCGUCCGACGCUCGCGCGCGCUGCGCCGUCUGCGUGUGCGUGCGCUGACGCUGUGGCCCAGCCGUGCGCUGCGCCUGAAGGACGAGUACGUGGCGUGGCGGAGCCCGAUGGAGCACAGCUACACGCAGUGGAUGCAGGCGGUGUCCGAGGCGCCGGCGUCCGUGCCGCCGCGCUUCGAUGCAUCGCAUCCCGCGCACCUGCGCAUGAUGCUGCUGGCACUGCAGGAGGCGGAUCGCGCUGACGCCGUGCCAACGGCCUUCUCGGUCGGCUGCGUGCUGGCCGUGAACGGCCAUGCGCUGUGUCGCACACCUCCAUUAGGAAGGAUGGAGCCGUUGCGGCUGACGACGGGCUAUUCUCGUGAGCUGCCGGGCAACACGCAUGCGGAAGAGUGUGCUAUGGAGAAGCUGCUGCGGUACUGUGCGCGCACGCCGCACGCGGAGGCCGAGGCACGCCGGCGCGAGCCGCUGUCGCUGAUCAUGUACACGACGAUGGAGCCAUGCUCCGCGCGCCUGAGUGGCCUGAUGCCGUGUGCGAAGCGCAUCCUCGCCUUUAAUGAGCGUGCGCCGCUCACGUCGGCGGCGUGGCUCGCGGGCAUGGCGCAGGACACGUAUGGCGCGGUGAUGCACACGGACUUGGACACGACCGUGCGGCCUCUGCGCAUCUCUGUCGUGGUACAGGGGGUGGGUGAGCCGGACGACUUUGUCAAGUGUGAGGCGUCGCGCCUGCUGCGCUCGUCGGGCGUGGCUGUGCAUGUGGCCGUGCCGACCGCCUCGCCGGCGGAGCUGGGCCUGACGUGUCCGCCGCUGCGGGCCGUGCCGCUGCGUGUCUCGCCUGAUGCGCCGUGCGCAUGGCUGCAGGAUGCGUGCUUGCGUAUGGCGCGCAAGGGCCAUGCAUCAGCUACUACUUGGUAG